CGCAGCAAUGGAGCGACUCGAUGAGCUCUGUCAGCAGCUGGUCGUCCUGACUCCUGACAGCAGACACGCUCAGACUUCAAAGGUAUUCAGCCUCAACACUACAGUGACGACAUAACUUGAGAGACAAUAAUGGGGACUCAGGACGCUUCAAGGAUCGAAGACUGUCCUUUCUGCCUGAUAGUGAACAACCAGGCUGACACAGAGAUCCUGCUGAGCGUGAGUACCCGACUCUUCCUCCAUGUUCAGGAAGUAAACAGUGUAAACUCCUGCCUCUGCCUCUGUGUCUCUGUACAGGAUGAUGAGCUGCUCUGUUUCCGUGACAUGAAGCCUGGAGCCAUACAUCACUACCUCGUUAUUCCCAGGACUCAUAUUGACAACUGCAAAUGUCUCCAGGGGGAUCACAUACCUCUGGUGGAGCGGAUGAUAGAAAUGGCUACCAGUGUACUAGAGAAGAAUAAAGUCGGCGACCUGAGUGACGUCAGGAUGGGGUUUCACAUUCCUCCAUUCUCAUCUGUUCCCCACCUCCACCUCCACGCUCUGGCUCCAGCCAGUAAGAUGAACUUCAAGGCGCAGCUUCACUACGGGCCACAGUCUCACUGGUUCAUUACAGUCGACAAGGUGCUGUCUCAGUUGAGGACUCGUGGCAAGGUCAGAUGAAGAGAUACAAGGAGUCUGAAGGUGCAACUGUCUUUUUUUAUGUUGACAGGUUAUUUACUGUAAUCCCCUUACACUAAGAAUUUCAAAUCACCGUCCAUCUGACUUGACAUUUUAUGAUGUGUAUUCCUCAAUGUAUUGGUGAUUAAGUUGUGGAUAAAAGUGGAAUAAGGGCUGUUUGUUCAGGUGGAAGUGAUAAAAGUUUUUUUAAAAUGCAUUCUAGUCCUAUUAAAUGUCAAGUUAUGCAAUGAGGAGAGAAUUACAGAAUUUAGGAUAUGUAUUUACAGCGAUGGACAAUCACUUUUUUUGUAUGUUUACUUGUCUGUUUAAUAUGAAGUACAUCAAUUGAAACAGCUGCUUAUGCAUUUGAUAUCUUUGUGUCAUAAUUUAUUUGAUGAACUGGGGUGCAAUCUGUCUUUUAAUCCAAAUGUAAUGUUAUAUAUAAUUUUAAUAAAAGAUCUUGAGAAGCUCUUAA